AUGAUGUUAUUCAGAAAGAGGAAUAAAACGGAGGGUGACGUCGCACCGCCGACGACCGACACCACUGUAUCACCACAAGCGAGCAAGACCGACGAUGACCUCAAGAAAGAGGACCAGAAACAGCCUGCGCAGGCUCCCGCAGCUACCUCUACGGCGCAGUCAAUACAGUACCCGACCGGCGUGAAGCUGUUUCUCAUCAUGUUCUCACUCCUCGUCACCAUGUUUCUCGUCGCAGUGGACCGCCUAAUCAUCGCCACAGCCAUCCCCAGAAUCACCGACGAAUUCAACUCCGUGACUGACAUUGGCUGGUACGCCAGCGCUUACCUCCUCACCAGCUGUGCCUUCCAGCUAUUCUUCGGCAAGCUCUACGCCUUUUACAACGUCAAGGCCGUCUUCCUCGUCUCCGUUUUGCUCUUCGAGAUCGGUUCCGCCAUUUGCGGUGCGGCGCCCAACUCCAUCGCCUUCAUCAUCGGCAGGGCCAUUGCUGGCAUUGGCGGUGCGGGUAUUAGUUCCGGUGUCAUUAUCAUCAUGGUCCAUUCCAUCCCACUGCACCGCCGCCCCAAGUACCAAGGUCUGUUCGGUGCUGUUUUCGGCGUCGCGUCCCUCGCCGGGCCGUUGUUGGGAGGAGCCUUCACGACGGAGGUCACCUGGCGCUGGUGCUUCUACAUCAACCUGCCUCUCGGCGGCGUUGGCGUCUUGGUGAUUAUCUUUCUCCUUAAGCCGCCUGCCCCGGCUGGCGGCGGCAAGUUAUCCUUGAAGGAUAAGAUCAAGCAGCUGGAUUUCCUGGGAACGUCUGUUAUUGUCCCCGGGACGGUGUGUUUGCUUCUUGCGCUGCAGUGGGGAGGCGUCAAGUACACCUGGAAUAGCUCUCGCAUCAUCGCCCUUCUAGUCCUCACGGGGGUCCUCUUCCUCGCCUUCAUCGCCGUCCAGAUCCUCCGCCCCGACACCGCCACCGUCCCCCCACGCAUCAUCCGCCAGCGCUCCAUCGCCUUCGCCGCCUUCGCCUCCUUUUGUCUCGGUGCCCAGGCCAUGAUGUUCACCUACUACCUUCCCGUCUGGUUCCAGGCCAUCAAGGGCUACUCUGCCGUCGACUCGGGUAUCCGAACCCUCCCCACUGUGCUCACCAUGAUGGUCUUCUCCAUCAUCACCGGCUCCCUCAUCUCAAAGAUUGGAUACUACACCCCCGUCAUGCUCUUUGGGUCCAGCCUCAUGUGCAUAGGCGCGGGUCUGCUCACGACGCUCAAAGUCGACAGCGGCGCGGCCCAAUGGGCGGGUUACCAGGUCAUCUACGGCAUAGGCAUGGGACUGUCGUUCCAGGCGCCCAACGUCGCCGCGCAGACGGUGCUGCAGCUGCGGGACGUGUCGGUGGGCACGAGCAUCAUGCUCUUCAUGCAGACCCUGGGCGGCGCCAUCUCCGGGGCGGUCGCGCAGAGCAUCCUCAGCAACGAGCUCGUCGACAGACUGCGCGCGAUCCCGGGGCUGGGGGGCCUGGACCUCCAGGGAGCCGGCGCGACGACGCUGACGCAUCUGCCCGACGACGUCAGGGGCCCCGCGCUGGAGGCGUACAACGAGGCGCUGAGGAUCGUCUUCGUCGCGGGCGUGUCCGUGUGCUGUGCUGUGGUCAUUGGGCCGGCGGGCAUGGAGUGGAAGAGCGUUAAGAAGGAGCAGCAGGCCAAGAAGAAGGCGAUGCAGGAUGCCGAGGCCGCUGCUGCUGCUGCGGCGGCGGCGGCGGCGGCGAAGACGUCGGCGGAAGCUGGUGUUCCUCCUGCUGUUGUCGACCCCGACGCGAGGAAAGAAAAGGAUGUCGAUGAGGGGAGUGAUGGGGGUGCUGGUGAUGAGAAGGAUACGAGUCGGGAUGAUGGUGUGAUGGGGAGUACGGAAAUAACGGCUGCGAAGGGUAGCUAG